AAUAUAAUCUCCUCUUAUCUCUCAGCAACGGCAGCUGUAAACUGAGGGAGAGGAGGGGAGAGAUAUGGUUUCGCUGAAGCUCCAAAAGCGGCUCGCCGCCAGCGUGCUCAAGUGCGGGAAGGGAAAGGUGUGGCUCGAUCCCAAUGAAGUCAAUGAAAUCUCAAUGGCCAACUCCCGCCAAAACAUAAGGAAGUUGGUUAAGGAUGGUUUCAUCAUCAGGAAGCCAACAAAGAUUCACUCCCGAUCUCGUGCACGCCGCAUGAAGGAAGCUAAGAGAAAAGGACGCCACUCGGGAUAUGGUAAGCGCAAAGGUACAAGAGAGGCUAGGUUGCCGACAAAAAUUCUCUGGAUGAGAAGGAUGCGUGUGCUUAGGCGUCUGCUCCGCAAGUACAGAGAGUCGAAGAAGAUUGACAAACACAUGUACCAUGAUAUGUACAUGAAGGUUAAAGGCAAUGUCUUUAAGAAUAAGCGAGUUCUUAUGGAAAGUAUUCACAAGUCAAAGGCUGAGAAAGCAAGAGAGAAGACUCUGUCUGACCAGUUUGAGGCUAAGAGGGCAAAGAACAAGGCAAGCAGGGAAAGAAAAUUUGCUAGGAGGGAGGAGCGAUUGGCUCAGGGCCCAGGCGCAGACAAACCUGCAGCUGCACCACCUGCUGCUGCAGCUCAACCAACCGAGGGAUCUAAGAAAUCCAAGAAGUAAGACCCAUAUUAAGAGCUCCUGAUAUCCUGGUGGGAAAGUAGUUUUGUUGAGCUGUUAUGGUUUCUGUCGACUUGGACCAUGUUACUUCAUGUCUUAGAUGGAAGAAGUUUUAAAGCAUUGGCACUGUGUAGAAGCAAUUUUCAUUAUUUUGUUUCUGUGAUGUUCUCCUUUCCCAUAAUGUCUUUUUUUAAUUUGAAAUUUUCAUUUCA